UGAUACCCAUGAAUUUUUCUUCUACCAAUUUCCAAAAACACACAAUGGCCGAAACCCAAACCCAAACCCAAACCAACAAUUUCUGGAACCAUACUAAUAAUGAAGAACACCAACAAAUCGAUUUACCUCCCGGCUUUCGUUUCCAUCCCACCGAUGAAGAAUUAAUCACUCAUUACCUCUCCCCCAAAGUCUUAAACCCCAAUUUCUCCUCCAUCGCCAUUGGCCAUGCCGAUUUAAACAAAUCCGAGCCCUGGGAUUUGCCUGCAGGGAGGGCGAAAAUGGGUGAAAAAGAAUGGUAUUUCUUUUGUGUUAAAGACAGGAAAUACCCAACAGGGCUUCGAACAAACAGAGCUACUGAAUCUGGUUAUUGGAAAGCUACUGGUAAAGAUAAAGAGAUUUUUAGAGGGAAAAAACUUGUGGGUAUGAAGAAAACUUUGGUUUUUUAUAAAGGAAGAGCUCCUAAAGGUGAAAAAUCCAACUGGGUUAUGCAUGAAUUUCGCUUACAACCCAAAUUCAUCAUCAAGCCUACCACUAAGAACGAAUGGGUUAUCUGUCGAAUCUUCAACAAAAGUUCCACGGAGUCGAAAUCAUUACCAUCAAUAAUAAUGAAUAACAACCCCUUCAAUUCCCCUGCUUUGCCGGCGUUAAUGGAAUAUUCACAAUCGCAAACGCCCUACACUGGUGAGGCACGUGCAGCAUCGCACGUCUCCUGCUUCUCCAACGACGGUGGUGGUGGUGGUGGUGAUACGAAGCUUUACAAUUUCAGAACUAAUUAUAAUCAUCAUUUCUCUUCUUCUUCUUCUUCUUCUGCACCACCGCCGGCGCCGCCCUUGUUGCCGUUUCCUUUACCGAACACGGCGGAUUCCGGAUAUGGGAAUUCAAUCAUGAGAAUGCUGAUGAAUCCAAAGGUGGAGAUUUCGGGUUAUAGUAGUAAUGGAAUUGGAAUGAUGGAGGGAGAUGAUGAUCAAAACCCAUCAUUGGUUUCUGAUGAUCCAUUAGACCUUGAAUGUCUAUGGAAUUAUUAAAAAUAUUUUAAAAGCUAAGUUUAAUAGACCUUUUUUUUUAAGUAGAUUUUUGUUUUGUUUAAUUUUAGGGGUGGGGGGUUUAGUUAAUUAAUUAAUUAUGUGUAAUUUCAAAUACUAUACUUGUAUAUAGAAAAUUCUCAAAUACUUAAUUAUUCAAAGAUAUAUAUAUAUGGCUUAGCUUUAAAUUUAUAUGUACCAUAAUCCAAUGCAAUGGAAAAAUGUGAUUUCAUCAGUAA